AUCACAAGCAUAGAUCUAAAAAAUUCACCACCAAAAACUUUUUGCUAUAUAUAAUCACAUUUUUUCCAAUUCUCCGCAAAAGUCUCUCUUCUCCAACAACUUUUGACGCACCGAAUCUCACACUCUACACACACUCCCCUAGAGAGAGAAACACACACGCAAAAAUGGCUGCCACAUCCAUUUCCCCGGCGACAAACAAGCUGACGGACCAAUCGCCGCCUCUCCCGCUCCACACCGCAGCCGCGCGCUCCUCCUCCACGCGCCUCUCCUUCGCCAAUUCACCAAUCUCCCUCCAGAAGCUCGCGAUCUCCGCCUCCUCGGCGAAUCCGAGCUCGCGCGCCUCCGCCGUCGGCGCUCUGAAGACCGCGCGCGAAUCCGAGCAGGCGUCGAAGCCGCGGAAUUCAGAUCCGGCGCAGAAAUCGCCGAAGCCGACGGUCCUGGUCUCCGAGAAGCUCGGGGAGGCCGGCCUCGACCUGCUGAGGAGCUACGGGGACGUGGAGUGCCUCUACAGCCUGUCGCCGGAGGAUCUCUGCGCGAGGAUCGGGGAGUUCGACGCGCUGAUCGUGCGGAGCGGCACGAAGGUGACGCGCCAGGUGUUCGAGGCGGCGAGGGGGAAGCUGAAGGUCGUCGGACGCGCCGGCGUCGGGAUCGAUAAUGUGGAUCUGCAGGCGGCGACGGAGUUCGGUUGUCUGGUGGUGAAUGCGCCGACGGCGAACACGAUCGCGGCGGCGGAGCACGGGAUCGCUCUGCUGGCUGGCAUGGCGAGGAAUGUUGCUCAGGCUGACGCUUCCAUGAAGGCUGGGGAAUGGCAACGUACAAAGUAUGUUGGUGUCUCGCUGGUUGGCAAGACAUUGGCUAUCAUGGGAUUUGGAAAAGUUGGCUCUGAAGUAGCAAGACGUGCAAAGGGCCUCGGGAUGCAUGUUAUUGCUCAUGACCCAUACGCCCCAGCUGAUAGAGCACGCGCCCUUGGUGUGGAGUUGGUGUCAUUUGAUCAAGCUAUCUCCACUGCAGACUUCGUCUCUCUACACAUGCCUCUUACUCCUACUACUAACAAGAUAUUCAACGAUGCAACAUUUGCAAAGAUGAAGAAGGGAGUGCGGAUCAUAAACGUUGCCCGUGGUGGCGUCAUCGAUGAAGAUGCUUUAGUGAGAGCCCUUGAUGAAGGAAUAGUUGCACAGGCCGCCCUCGAUGUCUUCACGAAGGAGCCCCCAUCGAAAGAUAGCAAGCUAGUGCAACACAAGAAUGUUACAGUUACACCACAUCUUGGUGCUAGCACAAAGGAAGCACAGGAAGGAGUUGCAGUCGAAAUAGCAGAGGCCGUUGUUGGUGCACUGAGAGGCGAGCUUUCUGCAACUGCAGUAAAUGCUCCAAUGGUUCCCCCAGAGGUCUUGUCUGAGCUGGCUCCGUACGUUACUCUGGCUGAGAAGCUCGGUAGACUAGCUGUCCAGUUAGCAGCUGGAGGAAGCGGAAUCCAAUCCGUGAAGGUGGUUUAUGGCUCAUCCCGCGACUCUGACAACUUGGACACGAGACUUCUCCGCGCAAUGAUAGUAAAGGGUAUCAUCGAGCCUAUCUCAGACGCCCACAUCAACCUCGUCAACGCAGACUUCAUAGCCAAGCAGAAAGGUCUAAGAAUCAGCGAGGAAAAGCUAGCAGUCGACUCCUCUCCCGAUAGCCCUAUUGACUCGAUCCAGGUCCAGAUAAGCAACGUGGGGUCAAAAUUCGAGAGUGCAUUGCUGGAGAACGGGAACAUAAGCAUCGAGGGGAGAGUGAAGGACGGCGUGCCUCACCUCACACGCGUGGGAGCGUUCAGCGUGGAUGUCAGCCUCGACGGGAACCUGAUCCUCUGCCGCCAAGUCGACCAGCCUGGCAUGAUCGGGAGAGUUGGGAACAUCCUCGGAGAGAGCAACGUGAACGUGAGCUUCAUGAGCGUGAGCCGGACCGUGAAGAGGGUGAAGGCCAUCAUGGCCAUCGGGGUAGACGAGGCGCCCGACAAGGAGACGCUCAAGAAGAUCGGCGAGGUGCCCGCUAUCGAAGAGUUUGUCUUUCUUGAUCUCUGACAUCUACAUCUAGACAGCCUCUAUAUCUCUACAGUUGUGUUUCAUUGCUGCUGCUGCUGUUGUGAUUUUUCUUUGUGAAACUGUUGUUGUGAUUUUAGAUUAGCAUGGUAUGGUUGAAAAUCAUCCUUGUUGGUUGUUGUAUUAGAAAAAGGGAAUUAUUGGGAACACUUUCUAAUGCUCCCAUUUAUAAAAUUUGUAUCAGUAUGAGGUUAGAAUGAGUA